AUGGCGCUCCCAUUCUGGAAACAUCCCGACCACAGGAUCCCAACCUUGGGGCUUUAUCGCUGCCUCCUUAAGACCUGCCAGGCUUUACCGACCUCGUGCGUGAAUCAACCAGGCCGACGGCGCCGCCCCAUAGCACGCAAAGGCAAUGGCCCGCCAGGUUCUAGCGACGCGUUGCCACAGAUUAAGCGGAACUAUCUGUUUGCGCUGAUCCGCGACCGCUUCAGGUUUAAUCGUCAUUGCACCAGUCCACGGAUGACGGCCGAUCUUUUACGGGAAGCGGAAGCGACACUUGCCAAGCUGGAACAAGCCAGAGACGGGAACAUGGCGAUUAGGAGCGAGCUGCGAGAUCUUGUUAAUGGACGAACUGGGCGACUCAAAGAAGUCAUUAAUCAUCUGAAUGAACUCAUCGGCUUUAAAGCUGGCAAAGAAACGCAGAGGUCGCGCUAUCUACGUCUGAAGCGCGCACAUGAACAGGUCUGGGACACUCGGCCACAGUCCUCAAUUGCCAAAGACCCAUCAUCCUACUAUCGGAUACCACUCAAGCCCGCACUGUUUGAUUUCCCUUCUGAGCUCAAUUACUAUCCUCCUGCUAAAUACCCGAUGCAAAUGAAGAACCAGCGUGGCAAAUUUAAAAACUUUGGUGGCGUGUUUUUGACAGAGGUCACCACCUCAGAAGGCUCAAGGUUUCCGAGGAUCAGAGGUGGAACACAACCGGAAUGGAUCAGUAUGAUGCUCAAGGCAAGGGUAUCGAGGUCUGUCAAACGUGUCUAUCAAUGGAAGGCGUUAGAAGAGAUGAAGCAGAUGAUGCAGCUCGAAGAGCAGCUGAUGAAGCGACUCGGGGUGGAUGAUGUGGGCUAUGUCGAGCCUAUUGAUCAGGCCCUGAAGGAGGUGAGGGAGUCUCAUAAGAAACUCAAGUUCGAUACAAACUCGCGGAACGUGCUCGAUGGAUCCUUGGAUGACAUGCCGACGUGA